CUGCAGCGUGCGCUCGCGAGCUGCGAGCUCGGGCUGCUGCAGGUGUACUCGCCCGCCGCCAGCGUGCCCGCACUACCCGCCGCAGGGUUACGUGACGCCGUUGAGAAACACGCUGCCGACCAACCUGUGCUCGUGCUCAGUCUGGGAAGAUUCUCAAUGCAUUCAAACGCAGUGGUAAAGCAUUUAUGGAACGAGAUUCGGCACGAUGGACCAACUUUCCUCUCAACGAAUCAAAGCCCGGGCGUGGAGUCGUUUCCGUGGAAACUACGCAUUGCGGACGUGUCGUGCUACACGCUGGGUGCCCGCGGGGUAGGUGGUGGAGGUGGGGUGCGGUCUCAGCUGCGCGGGACGGGUGUGGAGCCGCGUGCUGUACUCGCGCUGCUCACCACCACGGUCACGCUGUCCGUGCUCAGCAAGACGCUAGCGAUGCGUGCGCCGCAGCCGCCGCGCCACCACCACCAACACCAACACCAAGAGAAGCACCACGACGAGAAAUUGAAAUACUUCACAAGUGGCGUAGAUUUUAGGCCGUCAACAUUAAAAGAAUUCGUUCGAGGCCCUGCCAAGAAUAAAAAACCGACUCCCGAGACGAAGGCGGCUCCGGAGACCGUGACAGCGACGGGCCCGCUGGUGUCCCUGGGCCUGCACCUGCACGCUGACACGCCGCCAGUAUCUCUGCGUCUCGACCACGAUCAGGUGUCCGUUGUGGCGAGCGCGCUGCACUGUAUUUCGCACAUCGUUGCCUUGCUGCGUCGCCCGCCCUUCACUGCGCACACGCACACACACGCGCAUGCCAGCGCACCCUUGCCCAGCGCACAACGCUCUUUCAUAAGAUCUGUGUCAGAAAUAGAAGAGCAGCAGAGUCCGUCAGAGGAGACAACUAGCGAGAACCGCUCCGACUUAAUUCCGAUAUUUGAAGCUAGUGCUUCCGAAAGCGUGGUGAAGCGGUUCGUGUGGGUGCAGUGGGUGGUGUCGCGCGCGUCGCUGGCGGCGGGCACGCGGCGCGCGCGGCUCGCCGCCGUCGCGGACGACCUCAUCCUCACCGCCGACCUGCAGCCGCACUACGCGCAGCUCAAGCUCAAGCUCGCCGCCGCCUCGCUGCGACACUACCGACGGUCGAAUGAGGAGUGGGAGGCGGGUGCGUUGGGAGGGCGCGUGCUGGAGGCGCGUGAGCCGGCCGACGCAAAACAGGACAACCACUUCCUGGCAGUCACCGUCACCCAGGCGCAGAUAUCCAAUUUACCUGCUAGCUGGAAGGAAGAAUUACAUCCAAAAUUAUUGCAAGAAAAAGGUGUGGGGGACAGUAUGUGGGAGGUGUACGCGACGAUGGCGCCGCUGGAGGCGGUGCUGCGGCCCGCCGUGCUGCGGCACGCGGCCGCCCUCCUGCGCCUGCUGCGUACGUGCGCGCACUGCCCGCUGCGCGUGCAGCACGCACACGCACCCGCCACGCACGCCACAUGGCAACUGCCGCUCGUAUACAUAUCAGCGGGGGGGCUGCGGCUGCUCGUGACGGGCGACGAGGAAGAGGACAGCGCGGAGGACGACACCUUCAUGCUUGUCAUCGGUAAAGUAACCGUCAAUCCGCACCCGGAGAACCCAAUCUGCAGGCGAGCGGUGCGGUGGGGUGCGGAGGGUGCGGGGGGCGCGGCGCCGGCGGGCCGCCAGUACGCAGCGCACGCGCGCGCGCUCGCCCUGCGCACCGCGCGCUUCCACCAGCUCGUGCGCCAGGAGAUUAGCGAAUCGGAGAUCAUGAAAGGCACGGGAGGUGAAAACCCGGCACUAAAAUGGAGCCAACCAACGAUAUCACCCGUCAUUACGCCGAUUUUACACACCGUGGAGGUGCAGUGCGUGGUGGCCCCGGCGCUGGCGCUGGCCUGCGGGCCGGCGCUGGAGCUGGACGUGCCCGCCGACUGCGCGCUCGAGCUCAGCCUGCGCCAACUUGCGCUGUUCGCGCGUCUCGCCGCCCUCUACGCGCACCGCAGGAGGGAUAGCGAACACUCUCUGCUAGAAAAAGAAGAACAAUGUCCGUACGCGUCGUUAAUCACGACCGAGCAGGAAGACGAGGUCCCGACGCCGGUUAUCGACGCUACGAGCAAAGCCGAAGGCGCAAGUCGCGAAGCUGGCCGUAGUGUGGCAGACUCUGGCGUAGACUCGAGCGCUUCGCACUCCGCCGCUAGGCUGCCGGAAGACCCUGCCCCCAAGAAGAACGUCUCCAUAGCGUCCGUGGACCAUGUGAAUCUGUGGGAGCACGUGGAGGUGUUCGUGACAAUGGGCCUGGUGGAGGCGACGCUGUACGUGGCGGACGAGGACGCGGACGAGCUGGCGCCGCUUCGCUACCCCGCGCCCCCUGACCACGCAGACCCAACCCCCACAGACACCCCUGCCACACCCACAACACCAGCCACACCCGGCUCCGCGCAUCACCAACACGACCAGAACGCGCACGUAAGUACAGAAGAAAGUAAGGAUGCAAGCAAGAAGGACGAAGUACACGAACCCCCGACCUCUAGCAGCGCGAGCACCACGGAGAAUUCUAAAAACGUUGUAAUGGGCAAAGCUCAACACGACCUUACUGAUGCUUUGCCUCACGCGAGGAAAUCUGAAGGCAAUCUGCUGCUUCUUCAAGUGACUUUGCAUCAACCUAAUCUGUAUUACUGGCGAAACGAGACCCAGAAGACCUUACAGGUGUCGCUGUUCGACGCGGGCGUGUCGCUGGGUGCGGGUGCGAGUGCGGGCGAGGCUGCGGAGGCGGCGUGUCGCUCGCUACUGAGUACGCAGCGCGGCGCGCGCGACCCGCUCACUGACAUCCCGCCCGCGCUCGCCACGCUCAGGCUGUCCCUGCCCGUUGCCGGUACGCAUGCACAUGCAUGCAUACACACACACACACACACUCUCUCUCACACACACACACACACACACACACACACACACGCACGCACGCACACGCACGCACACGCACACACACACACACAUACAUACACACACACACACACACACACACACACACACACACACACACACACACACACACACACACACACGUGCACUACUUAUAUAUAA